AGCCAGUCACUCCAGUGCAAGUCUCCGAAUGAAGCAAAGUGAGAGACUGCAACUCGCUCCUUCAACACUAGAAUCCAAGCCGAGCUUUUUAUACCGGCCGACUGGCCUUGCUUUCUCCUCCGAUUUACUUUUUUCCCUUUCCCAAUCUCAUCUGAUAGUCUGACGACUUGUCAUCAGUUUUAUUACCGCACGCCCUGCGUGUUGAUUGAACCCUGGUGGCAUCCGACCUGUCAUCUAUACUCAUUACACCCACCACUCAGGCACGCACGCCCUUCUUUGGAUCAUAGCAACAAAUGCCAAUAGUACCAGAAGAAGACGAGCUUGUAAUGGACGCCAAUUUUGACGACUUCAUCAACUGGGACAAGGCCGAACCUACCCUUGCCAAUGUUUCUUCUAGCAUGGACUUCAUGCCGACAACGGCUGACGCCACGCUCGGACAGUUUAACGGUCUAGAUUUGGACCCUCCAUUCUUGAACUUCAGUCAUCUCGGAGCAGACAACAACAUCCUGCUCGAUAACGAACUUCUGGAGCCGAGUCUAGGUCAGCCGAACCUCGACUUUCGUGACCACUUCACAGACCCCUGCCUCCACUGCAGAGCGAAUGGAUACGACUGCAAGAUGAUCUGCGAAGGCACGCACAAGAACUGUUGCACAAGCUGUAUAGCAUUCCGUGUUAAUUGUAGCCAUAAGGCCGAGGGUGCAUUUUCUGGUGGCACAGAAUCUGCUACCCCCGAAACCCCAGAGUCAAAGGCAGACGCCAUAGGAAGAUCAACAGGAUCAGGGUCAGCUAAGACUGCGACCCGCCUGUCCAAAGACUCAGUCAAGGUCCUCAAGUCGUGGUUCGCAAACCACAGCAAGCACCCUUACCCGACAGAAGAGGAGAAAGAGUCUCUUCAACGUCUCACUCAACUCACUAAAGUCCAGAUCACAAAUUGGCUGGCCAACUAUCGCCGGCGGAACAAGUUUGCACGCCCACGCUCCACCUCACCAAGCGUACGCAACUUGUCGCUCGGCGGAAUGGACAUACCUCAGAGAAGGGCCACACCGGCGCCCAUGGAUCGCCGCCUGAGACCUUCCCAUUAUGAGAACAUGAACCCCCUUGAACGUUGGAAGAACUCGCCUCCUGAGAACGAACCGGCUUCCGUCAACGAUAUUGCCAGGGCGGUCUCUUCAGCUUCUACAGCUGUCUCGUCUGGAUUUGAGACUCCUCGGAGCUUCAACCUGACGGAUGACUCGCGGUCGCUAGGCCACGGCUCCUCGGUGAGCAGCUUGGGCACAUCACGUACAUCACAAAGCAGUGCCGCCGGCUCGUUUGCUUCUGCCUACUCCCACGGCUCCCGAAACUCAUUUGGAUCUUUCAACUCACUUGAUAGGGGAAGGAGGCGAAGGCGAAGACGUGCUUUGCCAAACAUGUCAAGCCAACCGACCAGAUCUUCACUCACGCAGCCAACAAACAUGUAUCAGUGCACCUUUUGCCCGCAGACCUUCAAGGCUAAAUAUGACUGGCAAAGACACGAAAAGUCGCUGCAUAUAUCCUUAGAGAGCUGGGUUUGUGCUCCAAAGGGAGCCAAAGCCUUCAACCCAGAGACAUCCCGGAUAGAGUGUGUGUUCUGCUCGGAGCCCAACCCCACUCAAGAUCACCUCGAAACACACAACUACAGCGUCUGUCAGGAAAAGGGGGUUUCUGAAAGAACAUUCUACCGAAAAGAUCACCUGCGGCAACACCUGAGGCUGGUGCACAACACAAAGUUCAUGAACUGGGCCAUGUCAAAGUGGGAGCAAAAGCACGAUGAGUUGGAGUCCAUCUGCGGCUUUUGCGGCUUACGUAUGACAACAUGGACAGCCCGUGUCGAGCACCUAGCCGGUCACUUCAAAGCUGGUAGCUCCAUGGCAGAAUGGAAAGGUGACUGGGGGUUCAGUCCAUUUGUGCUUGACAAGGUGCAGAAUGCCAUUCCACCAUACAUGAUCCACGAGGAGAGAAUUUCCCCUUGGCCCUAUGUUGCAUCUCACCCGAUGCCGGAGACCCCGAUCCACGCCUAUGAACUCCUGAAAACGGAGCUUGUAUACUGGACGCAAACUUCUAGAGAGCAAAACUCCACUGUCACAGACGAUGAGCUUGUGCACGAGGCAUGCCGGGUCAUUUAUGGGGCUGAAGUGCUCUCUCACAAAGGCAUAGCUUCUGCCCCCUCAUGGCUACGUGAUGUGCUCAUGAGCAACGAGACAAUCGCACAGCGGGCAAGGCACUCUCCGAUUCGCUCUGGUGCAGAUUCUCAUGUCAGCAUACUCAAAAUUAACGGCAAGGACAACAUAUUUGAGGCGUGCCCUCUUGAGCACAAACUCCUCGAAUAUGUAAAUUCAAGGACUUUGCUUGGGUUGACUCCGACCGACGGCGAGCUUCAGCUGGAAUGCUGCAAAAUCCUUGGCCACUUUGAAGAGACUUCGUCAAGCCCAUCGGAUCUUGUGGGAAACCUGCUUGUAAGGCUGGUUAUGGGAUCCAAAAGCUGGUUGGCAGAUUUUAGACUCAGAGCUCGACUACCUCGAUCCGAGGACAUGAUUGAUGAGGACCGACGACCAACCGACGGCAAAUCGCUCGACUCGUCUAUCCACAAUUUCUCCAGACUCGAGAGAGAGUUGGCACAACACGUCCGUUCCCAAAGGGCGAAGGGAAUCGAGCCUGAUGGUCCAGAUCUGCAACGGGCUGCUCGUAUCAUCAUAUACGGAAAUGAUGAUGGCUGGAAUCAAACUGCUGCAGACUCUCCCGAGUGGCUUGGUGCCUUUGGAGAACGGAUGCAGGAGGCAGGCUCAAGAGCCGUUUUGAAGCUCGAUGAUCCCCUUCACCACCUGUUUGAUCCCGACGCAGAACUGAUUGCUCUGCAGAACGCAUUUGCUUCGCAGCAGAGCAGCAAAGAUUCACCAACAACCGCAAUAACCACGAGCGAGUCUGCUCCAAACGUCUCCUCACCGGUUGGUCGAUGUGCUCGAUCCGUUCCUUUCUUCAUACAUGACCUCAACUGUUAUAAGAGGCUAAAGAAGGAACUGGCCCGGUGGAGUGCAUCAGUUAUGUCGCCUAAUAACCCAAAUCAGCAUGUUCCAUCGGACGCGGAACUCCAGCAUCAGGCGCGGUGGAUCCUAUAUGACGACGAUGAUCCUUGGAAUGUGACCGCAGCCGACAACUUCGAGUGGCUGCAACGAUUCAAACGUGACCACAAAAUAAUUAGUGAUGACUCUGGGCCUGGUCUCCCAGAUUCCGUGGGCUGGAAUCUGCAUCAAGGCGGCACAGGCUUUGCCCCUCCAUAUGCGUACCCAGCCGUAGCGAUUGAGGGAACCGGUGGCUGCGGCAGUGGGGAAGGCACUGUAGAGAUCCCCGUAAGCGUGGACGCAAAGCUCUUCCAAGCCGAUCAGAGGGCGGUCGAUAGCUACUUGCAGGGCUUCAAGGCCCGAUACCCGCGACCCCCUGCAGUAUUCUGUUCGAGAGAACUGGAGGGUGGCCUGACCGAAUUCAUGGAAUCGCAGCAGGUCACCAUGGGCGCCCCGCCUUCGGAUGAGAUGCUCAGAGCCAAGGCGAGGGAGAUACUUGGCACUGAGACAACUGCAGCCGAUGAUUCCGUGCUGCUGGAGAGGUUCAAGGCAGUUUUCCAGCCAAACAAUGCUGUGAUCAAUACGUCCGAGGCGGAAGUGGACUUUUCGCUGAUGUCGGGCAUGCAGCUGCCACUGCCGGAAGUUGGUGCUGCGUUUGCAAUGCAAGCGGCAGAGACGACCAAUAAUGGGUUUGAUGGUUCCAUGAUGUAUGGUUUCGGGAUACAGGGCACUAUGGACCUGGUGCAGAGUCCAAGUCAGCUUUUCGACAUGUAGAUGAACAGAGUUGCUGUAUGGUGGGUGUGCAUGUUUGCAAGGGGUCACUCCCUGUUGAGUAGUUGGAUAAAGCAAACUAAAAACAACAGAUAGGCAUGCAAAGAAGGCAAAACAAUUUUUGAGCGGAAAUGCAACAUGAACUCGAAUUUUCUUGGUGUUAUUUUGUGAAGUAUCCAUCUUGUAUUGCAAUGCAAAACCAAUGGUACAGUU